CUCGUCGGAUACGCAAUCCGAAAGCUAAACACUUGUGCACACCGAAAGCUUACGACUGCAAUGGUCAGUCGCCCACAGACCGUCGAUCAGUGCAAGUGCAACAGCGGACAAUGUGCACCUCCGACGAGAACGUCACAAAUAUCGAGCAUCAAGAUUCGUGCCCUGCCAUGAAUAACGAUCAGGAGUUGGUGCCGAACGGCGAGCAGUUGCAAGUGCAGGAGUUGAGUUAUUGGUUAGACGCAAAUCCAACUAUUAAUGGCUGCAAAGACUAUGCCAAUUUGCACUUCUUUUUGCGCACCUGCAAAUUUGAUCUUGAUCGCGCCAAAAAGAAGAUUAAAACAUUCUACCAAAUGCGCGCGGAGCGUGGCGAAUGGUUUGACAACUGCGAUCCCUUGUUGCCCGAAAUCCAGGAUCUACUCAGCGUGGGCGUCUUUCUGCCCGUCGAUGGCGUCGAUGAUCAGCAACGAAAGGUGGUCAUAAUACGAACUGCGGCACACGAUCCCAAACGACACACUCAAAAUAAUGUCUUUAAGACAAGCAAAAUGAUAUUGGAUUUGCUAUUGAAAUUUGAGCCAGACAAUUGUGCUCGCGGCAUCGUUGCUAUUUUGGAUAUGGAGGGUGUCCAAUUGGGACAUGCACUGCAACUAAGUCCCAAGCUCAUCAAGCGUUCCGUUGAGAGCUGGACGGCGUAUCCGUGUCAACCGAAGCUAUUGGAGUUUACCAAUGCACCGCGUCAUGUCAACAUUUUUCUGAAUACCUUUCGAGUCUUUAUGACAGCGAAGAUACGAUCUCGCGUCAUGGUGCGCCGCGAGGGCACAAUGGUGAAUUGCAAACAGCUGCCAAGCAAUUUGGGCGGUCAGGGACCCAGCUACAGAGAGCUGGCCUUCAAAUGGAAACAAUUGCUUGAGCAGCACGCUGACUUUUAUGUGGAGCAGGGCAAAUACAAAAGCAUAUUAAGGCGAUAAGCGUGCGAUUAACAAAAUAUGUGAUUAGAAGUCCACAAAGAGGCGGAAUACUUAUUGGCACAGAAACAUUUAUAUUUUUGCAGUCGCAGUAAUCAGAAAAUGUAUUGCUCUGAAGGACUAUGCUCAUAUGCAACGAAUAAGUAUUUAUAAUUCGUAGAUUAGUAUAACGCGAAGCUUUUGUGUUAUCGUCUCGCGACUAUAUGCAACGAUGUUUAAUCUGGAAGCUCGUUUAGAAAAAAUCACAUUAAGCUUAUUAAAUUUGUUUACAAUUUGCCAUAUAUGUUACAGCUUCUGUCUUGUUAUCAGUUAGUUAGGUAAGCGAUAUUGAUAUUUUAAAUAACAUGACCCCAAGCUCUGUUCAUUUUCAUUAUAUUCUCUGUGUCUUUAUUAGUAUAAAAUAGUAUAUCAAAAAUGUU